UUUGUCCCCGCCCGGCGGCCCGGGGGAGGCGCGUUGGGCCGAGUUCGCCCGCAGCACCGCCCGGGGGUAAGGCCGUACCGCCGUCGCGAGUGCACUGCCGGCUGACGACGGGGAGGUAGAAGGAGAGCCCGGAGCGGCGCUGCCAGGGUGAACAUCAGCUGUUGUAGGAUGUGACGUGGCACUGCCAGGCUCAGCACUCUGCCUGCCCUCAGAGAUGGUUCAUGGUUUCUGAGCUCGUAUGUGGCGCUGCACAUGGGAGAGACCUCCGCUCAGUGCUGUGGCUGUUUGAAGGAAUAAUGUUUCCAGCAUGUCUGUGCAGUCACUGCUUUGUGAAAGAAUUGCCGUUGCCAAAGAACUGAUCAAGAGAGCAGAAGCCCUUUCCAAGUUCCAGAAAAGGAGAAUAGAAGGUGGGGCAAAACUAUGUGGCAAACUGAAGGCUGAGUUAAACUUCUUACACAAAGUGGAGUCAGGGAAGGUGGUUAUUAAAGAAUCCCAUCUGCAGAGUACAAACCUCACCCAUCUCCAAGCAAUUAUCCAAUCAGCAGAGAACCUGGAGGACGUUGUCAGUGUCCUCCAAGUCUUCUCUUAUGAGGACAGGUUUGGAAACAGACAAACACUGGUGGUAGAUGUUGUAGCAAAUGGAGGUCACACGUGGGUGAAGGCCAUUGGUCGGAAGGCUGAAGCCCUGCAUAAUAUCUGGCUAGGAAGGGGCCAGUAUGGUGACAAAAGUGUCAUUGAGCAGGCAGAGGACUUUCUGCAGGCAAGCUGUCAACAGCCAGUGGAGUACAGCAGUCCCCACAUAAUAUUUGCCUUCUACAACGGCGUGUCCAGUCCUAUGGCAGAGAGACUUAAGGAGAUGGGGAUAUCUGUGCGAGGAGAUGUGGUUGCAGUGAACUCGCUAGUAGAAUCAUCUGUGGAAAACCAGCACUUAAGUGCCAAUGAAUCAGAUGAAGAAGGCCUUGAACUGCAGGUCACCAGAGUAGAUUGGAAGAAUUUAGUGACCAGCAUUGCUUUUCCUACACAGAUCAAAGUAAAUGUGUGCAAUAGAGUGAACUUGGACAUCACUACAUUAAUAACCUAUGUCUCUGCUCUGAGUUAUGGUGGCUGCUACUUCAUCUUCAAAGAAAAAGUUCUAACAGAGCAAGCAGCUCACGAAAGGAGGGAGAGAGUCCUGCCUCAGCUGGAGGAGUUCAUGAAGGGGAAGGAGCUUUUUGCAUGUGAAUCUGCUGUCAGAGAUUUUCAGUCAAUCUUGGAAACACUGGGAGGACCUAGGGAGAAAGAGCGAGCUGCAUUGCUUGUUAAAAGAAUUAAUGUGGUCCCAGAUCAGCCAUCUGACCGUGCCUUACGACUAGUGGCUAGUUCAAAAAUCAACAGCCGUUCUUUAACUAUUUUUGGGACAGGAGACACUUUAAAAGCCAUUACUAUGACUGCAAAUAGUGGUUUUGUGAGGGCAGCUGCUAACCAAGGUGUCAAGUUCAGUGUUUUUGUUCAUCAGCCGAGGGCGCUGACAGAAAGCAAAGAAUCUGUUGCCACACCUUUACCAAAGAGCUGCCUACAUGAUAAUGGAUUGUAAUUUGUUAAAGGAAUUUAUCUUUGAAUAUUGCUGAUCUUUCAAUGGAAACAUUUGGAGAAACAAGAGAGUCAUAGCAAUACAUCCAUUUUCUGGUUGUGUAGCAGUGAGAACAGAAAAUGAGGAAAUGGAAGGGUUCCCCAGGACACUUGCAUUGUCUUUAUUCAGUUUUUGUUCUUUGUUCAACUAAAUUUAUUCACUAAAGUAAUAAGAUUUCCUAUAAAAUCAUUAACUGUUACAGUAUAUUAAUUGUAUCCACCCCUAUUAAAAUAUUCAGUUACAGCA